UUGGAUUCUCUGAAGGGGGUUGGUUGUAAAUACUCAUCUAUUUACAGAUUUUACGUUCGCAGAGUGCACGACAAGACUCCAUCGAGGGAGUGCGUUGUCCAGGAGGUCGGUCGGGUAUAUUCUUAUCAAAAAAAGACGCGGACGAAGCGCGUGCGUGCGGGCUGGGAGCGCUGAGAGGAUCAUCAGUCAGUUUUCUUGCUUCUUCAUCCAGAGGAGGAAAUGUUGGGAGCACGAGGGUGCGUGGCGAGCUAUGCGCUCUGCUUCCUCGUGAUCCAGGUGAAGCUCUCGAACUCACGCACCUCGUGGCGCCUCAACGCCGACAAGGUCGUCAAGAUAAGCGCCCCACAGGACACAGCAUCCAUGCAACCGAUCCCGGAGGAUGAUCCGAUAUUGGAUAUACUCACGGGCAGCACGAGCCUCGACAAUGGCCAGGGAUGGAGUAGGUCGGCUGCCCCAAGUUCUACCACCGUGGACAAGUUGCAGGUCUACUGUAACGAGUGCAAGGGAUACGUCAAUUCUGGUGUACAGGACAGACGUUUCCCCGCGUACGGCUCGACGAACGUAACUGAGCAGAACUUCGGCCUGGGUGUUGCCGCCUCUAGCAACCAGCAGCACAGCCAUCACCUGAGCUGUGGCCCGACCGCCCUUUCGUGCGACGAUAUUGUCCUCGACUGUGGCAAACCAGUGAACUUCACCUACUAUGACAAUCUGCUGGGCAUUUCGAAUCGCAAUAAGCAUCCGCUCGUGCCCGAGCCAGAUGUAGCGUACAUGUUUCUCAAGCCCGAGGAAAAGCUCGCCGACUUUGAUAUUGACCUUCUAGAGCGGCGGCUCAAGAAGGCCAAGAGAGAGAAGCCCAAGUCUGUGCAGAUAUACAAUCAGAUCGGCAAUUUCUGGCGCAUCAAAGGCAACGCGCUGAGAUCUAUCGAGUGCUUCCGACGGGCGCUCGCAGUUUCGCCGCACAAUGCUGAGGUUUUGCUGAAUCUCGCCCGUGUUCUCAUGGUGCUCGAAUACCUGGACGACGCUACUCACUUGGCGAGACGCUCGCUCGAACUCCAGCCGCCCGACCGUAGCGCCUGGGAACAGUACCUUACCCUCGGUCAAAUAUACAAGGCUUACGGGCAUUUUCAAGAGUCAGCUGCCCAUUUGCGCCAAGCGCUUGAUCUAAAGCCAGGUCAGGAGGAGGUGGUAAAGGCUCUGAAAGAGGUCGAGACUCUUCCGAUAGCGAGUAUACACGUGUGGACGCUCGUCAUCAUUGUACUCUUGAUACUUUUAGCGCUGUUGCUCGUGCUAAGCAGCAUCGACGCAGACGAUCCAGUAUUGAGUUCGGAGCAGACCCAGAGGCCUGCCCAGCGUCAUUUCAACCGCGCGAUGGCGAUGCGCAGCUUGCGGCUUAAUGUAUCGCGCAACGGAAAGCGCUGUUAAAAAACUUGAGUAUGAGCUCGUGAUUAUGAUAAGAUAAAAAAAUAAGCUCCCUUCUCCGCCCUUUGUGAUAUUACAAUACCUAGAAAGACCGAUCUGACGAGUUCUACUGUGUUUAUUAUUUUUAUUUUUAUUUCUUCGUAUGAGACAAAAAAAUAAAAAAAAUAAAAAAGUUGUUUUCCUUUAAACGUAAAAAAAAUCGGUGACACUGAUGUCACUGACCCGUGUGAUUUAUGAUAUACGUGAUAACAAUGGAAAAAAAAGCAGUGUACAGUAGAGAUUUUUAUCGUGCGUCUUUCGUCUUUUUUUUCUUUUUUCUUCUAUAGUACUUACCUUUGAACGCCAAAGAUUUGAGGUCCUGUUGUUGUUGUCAUCGUCGUCGUUGCUCAGCAAUAAUCUUUGUAGUUUUAACCUGAAGUAAAAGAUGACAACAAGAAGCGACGAAAUCGAUGUGAUACUGAUAAAAAAAAAAAAUAAAAAAAAAGAAGGAAAAUAAAUAAACAUUUUGGAAGACCAAUUGCUAAGCAAUAAAAAAUAAUAAUCUGUUGUUUUCAUCAUUGGUUGACAAUAUAUUGAUUAGCAAUAAUAAUUUUAGAACUGCUUCUGAAAAUUUACGAGUUUAAAACUCGAAUUGUGACAGACGUGUUGAUAAAUUUUCAAGUAACUUGUGUAAAUUUUGAAAGCUGAUCAAGAACACAUUUAUAAUACAGAUUAAUCAUCUCAAGUUUUGUUGAACGAAUAAAUUAAUGAAUGGUUA